CGUUAUAUAAAACGGUACGGCGCCGUUUUAUGAUCCACAAUAAUUAAAAUCGAUCUUUUAAACAGUAACAAAAAGCAGAAUAUAACCACUAAGUUAGAGUUUUAUCCUCUACUAUAAGAUUGGAGUAACUCAUACUUACAGUAUACACACGUUUAUUUUGAACUUAAGUCUGCAACGACACCACCUCCUGUGACCCUCAUCUGCUGCCGUCCAGGGUCUAAAGCAAAAUUACCCCGGAUCAUAACAACAGGUCCCGUCCAUUACAUUUUUUUCCCUCGGAACAAUGGCCGCAGCUCGCCCUAUUCACACAUACUACACACACGGAUCCCACCAGGCAGAGCACGGAGUCAACGCUGUAGUUACGCGCUGAAGGGCAAACGGCUGGAUAUGUAAAUAUUGGGCAUUUGUCAAAGCGUAUAUUGAUGGUAUGUACUCCGGACCGUUUUUAACUCGCACAUGGAGCUUCCCUUUGCUCAAGUUUUUCUCCGCCGAUACGGAUAUUUUACGUGCGUAAAGUUAGGCGUAAUUCGUGCGUAAAGUGGUCCUCCGUACGUUUUAGUGCAAAAUGAAGAUGUCACUGCAUUAUUUAUGAUCCUUACAACUUUUAUAGUGACAAUAUGUAUACUCUGGCGAGGCAGUCUGUUUUGUAAUCGCGUAAUCAGAGUGGGGAAAUUGCUAUUUCAUAGCCGCGCAGCCUUUGUUCGCUGCGACAAAAGAAAGGCGACUGUAUAUCUGGAUCAACUUUUUGGGACUUUUAUUGUACAACAACCUUUGCAUAACAACUAUUUUUCUCAAGCGUUGCCCGAGGCACUGCGCAUGCGUCCUGGCUGCUUGCUGUCACUAAGACAUUUUUCUUCACGUUGGAAACUGUCACUGGUGACGUCAAUCACAGAGCUCUGACCAAUUAGAGCGCAGGGUGAUUGUUUAGCUCCACGGGCUGCAGCGCCUACCAUGAAUCUCUAUUCAGUAUCAAAGCGUCCUGCUGCUGCCUCUCAACCGAAUGGGAUUCCAUGUAGUCUGCAGAUAGACUUAACUUUAUAAAGUUUUUUUUUCUUUAUUUUUCAUUGCGAUUAAAAUAUAUUUGUCAUCAUCAUUAUUAUUUUGCCUGCUGUCAAGUUAUUCUAAAAUUAGGAAGUAAUGAGCGUGGAUGCACUGGGAAGCCCCGUGAUGGACCCUACGUUUUCCAAACGGAACACGGCGCUGAGAUUAGUUGACUUGGCAGGGGCUCACCACCAUCACCAUCAUCACCACCAUACCCCUCAGAGCGUGACAGGCUUCCCGGGGUUCAGCAGCCAUCCACACUCAAUGGCUCACUCGCACCCUGGGGAGAUUACUGCGGAACCCCGCCUGGGGCCGAGUCCAUUCGGGCCAGAACACAUGGGGCACUCCGCGGCCCUCAAAAUCAGCCCAGCCCAUCAUUAUCCCCACCACCAUCACCACCACCACAAUCAUCAUAUGGCAGGCCACAGUGAAGUGGUCUCCAGUCAAACGGGAGCUUUUGGCCCGGUUCAGGCGACAUCGGUCCCGUAUUCUAUGUCUCACACGGCCCAGGCUUUAUCCGCAGGUAGGGAUUUCCUCAUCCGGAGAGAUCUGACAGCUCAAGCCAUGCCCGUACUGACCGACCAGACUGCUGGUUCAGCCUCUCACCACGGAAUGUUUGUCUCAACAACAGGUAGCUAUCCCGGACACUAUGGUCAUCACCCUGACGCUGGGAACCAUACCCUCUUCUCCGGACUCCAUCACGAGCAGCCUUCUAGCGGAUCACCGGGUGGCCAAGCACUGAAUGGACAAAUAAGGUUAGGACUACCUGGAGAAAUGUACGUUAGGUCUGAUCACUUGAGUCAAGUGGCAAGCUCCAGGGCUGAUCCGUUCUCCGCCUCGCCUUUGCAUGGCUACGGUGGUCUGAAUCUGAACAUGAAUCUGAGCGCUCACCACCACCACCACCACCACGGAGCCGGUGCUUUUUUCCGCUACAUGAGGCAGCCGAUAAAGCAAGAGCUGAUCUGCAAGUGGCUGGAGCCGGAACACUCGCCGAAGAAACUUUGCUCGAAAACUUACAGCACCAUGCACGAACUCGUAACGCAUGUGACGGUAGAGCACGUUGGAGGACCCGAGCAAGCGAACCAUAUAUGUUUUUGGGAAGAGUGUCCGAGGGAAGGCAAACCAUUUAAAGCAAAGUACAAACUUGUAAAUCACAUUCGAGUGCACACCGGGGAGAAACCGUUUCCAUGCCCAUUCCCUGGCUGUGGGAAAGUGUUUGCAAGAUCCGAGAAUCUAAAGAUUCACAAAAGGACGCACACAGGUGAGAAGCCCUUCAAAUGUGAAUUUGACGGCUGCGACAGACGCUUCGCCAACAGCAGCGACCGAAAAAAACACUCCCACGUCCACACCAGCGAUAAGCCCUACAACUGCAAAGUGAGAGGCUGCGAUAAGUCCUACACGCACCCCAGCUCCCUGAGGAAGCACAUGAAGGUGCACUGCAAGUCCCCUCCGCCCAGUUCGGGCUACGAGUCGUCGACCCCUUCCCUGGUCUCCCCCUCCUCAGACUUGGGCCGAGAGCCAGGAGGCUCCUCGGUGAUGUCGGAGCCGGUGGGAGCCUCCCAGCCGGCGAAUUUAAGUGAAUGGUACGUGUGCCACAGUUCAGGUGCCAGCGGCGCCCAAACACCACCCAGCGGGCACUCCACACCCGACCCCACAGACGAGCCACCGUACAGAAACCCAGAACCGAGGGACGCGUUUUAACCCGGCCAGCAGCGACAGAACACAUUUCCAAAAGCUUAACUAUUAAAAAUGGUUUGGCUUUGGUGCCUAUAUGCCUGUGAAGGCCCACUGGUCCCCCCAUUUUUUAUUAUUUUUCUCUUUGGAUGAGCCACCAAACAGACAACCAGAGCCAAGAGACGCAUUUAACCACAUUGUAAGGAAAACGUGCAAAACCUUAAAGACGUGCGAAUUUCCAGGCACAAUAAAAGAAUAUAUUUUCAAACCUCAGUUAUUCUAAAUGUUUGGCUCAGUGCCUACACGCCCUGACGGCCCACUGGUCCACUUGUGGAGAGAGUCGUGUAAAUCUGUUAGACUAUGUGGUACAUUAUCGUAGGCUAGGCAUGUUGGUGUAAAAUGAUUAUUUUGUAAAUUCGAGUUUCGACUUCAAUACGUUUUUAUUUAUUUUUCAAUCUGAUAUCGAAGGAUUUUUGUAUUAUCGAACCAAAGUGCAUGUUUCAAUUAGAACAACAAAAGUGUACAUUUGUAAAUUUUGUAAGUUUCGAUGUGUUGAUGUUGAUAGUUUUUGUAAGGAUCUGUCUCCGAGCAGUUUCUUACCGAAUACUGCAGUUAUUUGUACAAACGUUUUUAUGUUUACAUCCUCCUCUUCUUCUUCCCCCCAUUUGUGCAGAGGGUCAGCUGUUUCAUAAGUCUGCAGUAUUUGAUAUACGACCGUGAAAUUCUAAAUGUUUUAUCAAAGUGGGCAUUUUGUGAUUUUUUGUAUCAUUGUCGUCAAUAUUUUUUUCUUUUUCUUUUUGAAUAUCUGAAAUCGAGCGGCACUCAAAAUGCGUACCGAAUUGCCUUGUAAUUUGUGAGUAUUUUGAAUAAAUCUUGUAUGACAAAAGUGAAAA